ACACAUUGUUGAAUUAUAUAUUUACAUACAUAUAUGUCUUCAUUACCGAAAGGAAGCGACCGUUAAUGAAUAGAACUUACUUAAACGAAAAUAAAUUUUACGUUGAUUGGAUAUUGGCUGUUCUAUACCGCAAACAUUUCAGUGUGAUCUUCCAAGAGAAUUGCACUUUUAGGAAGAUAGAAAUUAGCUUAUUCAUCAAUUGGGUUAACCUUUGCGGCAUUUCCCCGAUGCUCUUGCGGAAGUUCAUUGCCGUCGUCACCGCUGUAAACAGUAAUAAAAUCAGAGAAUCUGGAAGAUAGGCAAAGAAAAAACCCAAAUGACAAUGGCUAAUUACGGGCAACGGUGCAGCUUCUUCAGAAAUCGUGUACCCCACAAGAUAACAGCCGUGAUUGAUAAUGCGCCAUUGAAUAUAUCGACUUACGGAUUCCCAAUACUGGUUAGUUUCCACUCGUUCGCAGCGUCAUGCAAAAGUGCCGAGCUCCGAUUCCGAUUCUUCUCAUAGCCGGGGUCCUUGUGAUCCUGGAAGCAUCUCGCGCAGAUGCUGCCGUUCCCCGGCAGCCGGACAGUCGGAUUGUGAACGGGCGCGAGGCCGCCGAGGGCCAGUUUCCAUACCAGCUCUCGCUACGCCGCCAAACGGUCCACAUCUGCGGCGCCUCGAUCCUCUCCAGCAACUGGGCCAUUACGGCCGCACAUUGCAUUGACGGCCAUGAGCAGCAGCCGCGGGAAUUCACCCUCCGCCAGGGCAGCGUCAAGCGUACCUCGGGCGGCAGUGUUCAGCCGGUCAAGGCCAUCUACAAGCAUCCGGCCUACGAUCGGGCGGACAUGAACUUCGACGUGGCCCUUCUGCGAACGGCGGACGGUGCACUCAGCUUGCCGCUGGGCAAAGUGGCGCCCAUUCAGUUGCCCACCGUGGGCGAGGCCAUCUCGGACAGCAUGCCCGCCGUCGUCUCGGGCUGGGGACACAUGAGCACCUCCAAUCCCGUCCUGUCGCCGGUACUCAAGAGCACUACGGUGCUGACAGUCAACCAAGAGAAGUGUCACAACGACCUGCGCCAUCACGGAGGCGUCACCGAAGCAAUGUUCUGCGCUGCUGCCAGAAACACAGACGCAUGCCAAGGCGACAGCGGAGGUCCGAUCAGCGCACAGGGGACCCUCAUCGGAAUCGUAUCCUGGGGAGUUGGCUGCGCGGAUCCGUACUAUCCAGGAGUCUACACCCGCCUGGCCCAUCCUACUAUUCGCCGCUGGAUACGGCUACUCACAAAGUUGUAGAACAUCCGCUGAUUAAAUGGAACUUAUACAUUAAAAGAUUACUGCAUGAA